CGGGACGGAACCCAAUUAGGUCCUCGUUGAUGCAUCCAAACGUAUUUUGCCUUCUUCUUCUUCAUCUAAUGACCGCACCCAUAAUCCAGUUAGUCCUUUUUUAAAAUUUAUUAGGAAAGUUAAUGUUCCAAUGAAGAAUACGGCCUUACACUUAGUUGUCCUUAAUAAUAACUUGGCUAUGGUUAAGCUCUUGGUAAAGGCCGAUCGAAAUGAUAGCCAUGUUCAAAACAAUGAAGGCAAGACUCCAAUUUAUAUAGCUGCGGAAAAUGGGUACAAAGAUAUUAUUGAGGAGAUCUGUACAACUUGUAAAGCUCUGUCUUUAGACGGUCUUGGUCGUAGGACAACUGCAUUGCAUGCUCUUAUUCAGAAUACAGGCCAAGUGACAGAAGGAGCGAGCGACAUGAUUAGGAUGAUUGUUGAUGCAGCUAAACGUCAGAGCAGUGCAGAAGACGGGUCACUUGUAGAGUUUAAAGAAUUAUUUAGUAGAAAAGACGAGUCUGGAAGCACUGUCUUACAACAUGCGGUGGAGAAAAAUUUUGUGGAGGCUGUUAAACUAAUACUACCCGAAGAUCCAUCCUAUCAACCUGGUCCUGAAAUUAAAACAUAUGGUCUCAUGUGUUUAAUUCACAAAGCUAUCGAUGACGGGUACAGUAAUGACAUUAUCGAAUUACUCUCUAAAGCUUAUGAAGCUGGAAUUGAUGACCCUAAGCAUAAAGGCGUGCUUGCUUUGAUUCUUGCUAGUCAAAGGCUUGAUGAAGGCUCUGUAUUAUGUCUCUUGAAAGAUGCUAGACACCUUGUAACUUUUAAGGAAGAUAAUGGGUGGACACCACUACACUACGCAGUAUAUCAUGAAUUUGAUUCAAUACUUGAUGCCUUAAUCAAAGCACAGAAAGAUGAGGGUCACUCACUUGUGUAUGCAGAUAUGGAAUCGAUGCCAUUUUAUGCAGCAGUCAAACAUGGUUAUACUUCUACGCUGGUACGACUUAUGGAAUUAUGGCCACCUGCGAACUUCCCAUACACAAGUGUUAAUAUUGAUGGUCAAAAUAUACUACAUUUGGCGACUGCUUCUGUUAGUAGAAAAGAGAUGGUACAUGGUAUUUUGAAAUAUUGUCCGGACACAUAUAAGGCUGAGAUUUUGAAUCAGCAGGACAUCACGGGAGAUACCCCUCUCCAUAUACUCAUCUCCCAUGGUUGUUUUAUUCCCCAACUGAUAAAACAUAAAGGAUUUAAUACAAUGGCCAAAAACAACCAGUAUUUGACUCCCCGGGACAUGCUGUAUGUUGAAGAUGAUAUUGUUGCCGACCAGGUGCAUAUUAAAAUUGCCCUCGAUGAUGUCCUGACUAAUCAAUCAGUUUCGAAGCUUUGGGGUAAAAGAACAGAGAAGAAAAUGGAUAUUUGGAAAUGUAAUAUAACCCCUCCAAGUAAACGAAAGAAAAAAGAUGGAAAAUUUGAGGAAGACAAAAAGAAAUUGAUGGAUAAAAAGCAUGAACAGAUGAAAAGAGAUCUAGAAACAUAUAAAACGAGGACCAACACCCAGAUAUUAGUUACUACACUGAUUACUACAGUAACUUUUACGGUAGGUUUUACUAUGCCCGGUGGUCUCCAUCAAAGUGGAGAGGUUGAUGAAGGAUUAGUGGUUCUUUCUAGAAAGAGAGCUUUUAACGUUUUCAUGGUAUCAGAUGCAUUAGCUUUGCUAAUGUCAGUAUCUUCAUUGUUUUUCUACUUCCUUGAAUCAAUGAACGAAGAUCCUCUCCAAGUGUCACUACUCAACGCUUCAUCAACCGUGCUCAACAUUCUUUCUAUUAUAGGGAUGAUGUUGACUUUUAUUGCAGGAACGUAUGUGGUUUUAUCCGACACGUACACCAGUACUCGCCAUUGUCAUUUGCAUCAUCGGUUCUUUCUUCUUUCUUCUUAUUCUUAUUUUAUGGAUCAUCAAGACAGUGUAUGAUCGUCACAUAAAAAGGAAUAUAGAUUGAGCAUGAAUGUCAUUAUUUCCAUAAUGUUUUUAUGAAUUUUCAAUUUUCAUUUCCAAACUCAAGUGAUUAGUAAUGGUGUAUCAUACAUCUGUACUUACUACUUGUUAACCAUCAUCAUAAUAAAUGUUAUAAUA